AUGGACUGUCAAAGCCAUGAAAACCACUCGAAUGCUGCUGGAGGUGAUGGUAUUUCCAAGCUCAAGCCCGUGCGACAGCAGGAUAUGUCCCACACAAGCGCUGAUUCAGAGCCCGAUGGUACUCCUCCCCAAAGACAGAGCCUGCGGGCGGCCAUUGGAAGUUCUGGUACAGAUCGUCUUCUUGGCGACAAGCGACAAAAACUGACCGACGACCCCAGUCGCACGAGUGAUAGCGUUGAACUCGUUAUCAACAACAUCUGCUCAAGCCCUGUAGCCCUAGGAAACGCGAGGGAAAGUCACAGAAGAACGGUGUCCGGUGAGAUCAAAGAUCGGUCGACAACGGGAACAAACCAAGGUGAUAAAUCAGCGCCUGCGCCACUGCCUGAAUCGAAUUCCGGCGUUUUGGGUCUGCCAUACGACGAAGGACGACUUAGCCCAACGCUCAAGGAACAAGAGCAUUCGUGCGUGCCACAUCCAUCUGAUCCCGAACCCGCGGUCAUAACUGAAAGAUAUACCGAGCCGAUGAUGGGAGAAAUUCCGCAGAGAGAGCUCAGGAAGAGCGGCAAAACGCAAAACAAGGAAAAUUACCCGGCAUCGAUGUGGGUCGGUGGAGAAGACGGUGACCACAGAUAUACUCGUGGACCGGCUCGCAUGGUAAAGGUUACGAGUGCUGAUGGAGAGGGAGGUACUUUUGCAUUACAGCUCUCACACGAGCUCUCUGAGAAACUCAAAAAGCAAAUCGAGGCUGGCCGCAAGUUUCGACAUGCACGGGAGGCGGUCGGGCGGCGAUUAGUCCACUUACUUGCGGAAGACGCUCGCCUAAUUGCAGAACAUUCGCACGCGAAGAGAGAAGCUGAUAGUUAUCUCGAUGGUUUAGGAGAAAGGGUGCUGACACCAGAGGAAGAAUCCAAGGCCACUGUUAUGGUGAAGCAUUGCAACGACAUAGCACACAAGCAUGCAGCCACGAAAAAAGAACGGGAGCAAUUACCACGAUAUCUCCAGGAGAUACAAAACACCUGGGUGAAACUCGUGGAAGAGGUGAAUGCUAUCCAAGAAGAUGUUUUCGUGAAAACAAAGCUCGUUCCCGCGACCACAGAGCUGGAGCGUCUUCCUUGGGAGCAGAGUCAGGACGGCGGAACGGAUGUUGUCGCCCCAAAUUCCGUGCCGCGGGUGCAAGAACUGGAGCUGGCCAAUAUGAAGCAAUCUGUUGAGGCUACGCGCCCAGGUCUUGCCAUGCGCAAUAGAUUCACCAAAGCCGCGUUGGAAGUAGCCCGCGAGAAGCACGACAAAUACCGGCUUGGAUACGAGAAAGAGCUUCAAGAGUAUAUCGCCAAGCAGGUCAAUCGUCCAAAUGUUGACUUUCGCAUCGAGUUCAGUCGGAAGUGGCUUGAGGGCUGGCACGACGUCAUUGUAACACUUGAGGAGGCCGAGAACGCUGCACAGGAUGCGUUUGACAGAGCAAGAGCUGCAAAUGUUACCGUGGCAGACAGUAGGGACGAUGGAGUGCCAACCAUUGCAUACGACAUAGAGUGGUGGGACAAGACGUCGCUGAAGCAGCUCGAUCGCACUCGUAUCCAAAGGUGGCAAAACGAAGUUGUUGUUGGUGUCUUGGGACCAACACACCCUGCUGGAAGCGAUGAAGUAGAGCUCGAACAGCUGAGCAAAGUUGAACAUCUUAACAAGCAGACGGAAGAGCCUGCGAUCGAUAAUUCGGGUGGCGCUCCUGUGAACCCCUCAGAAAGGCAGCCAGCCGCUGGGUCUGAAGGUGUGUCGGCAUUACCACCUCUCGGCUUCUCAAAAAUCACAGCCACAACUUUCCAAAAAAUAGAACAACUGCUCGCUGAAGUAGCAGGGGCUCUGGAUCGCGCCAGUGAGCUGACCAGUCUGCAAGCACAAAAGCCCGACCUAGCAAGCGCGGCUACUGGGGCAGAAGCUGAUGAAGUCAACAAGCGAACUUCAGCGGUACUUGCAAGCUCUAGUCCCCGUGAAGCCUUUGCGGACGUUGGCGCUGAGAGUCGUAUGGCAGAGGUGAUAGACAAACCGCGACAGGUGGUUUCGCAAGGUAACCCUGGUACGCAGAACACUGCCCAGAAUGUCGAAGAGCCGCAGACGAGCAAGGGAAGGACGGAACAGGCUAUCGUUUCGGAGCCUACGAAGAGGCAAGAUGGCGAGGAGAUGGAAUCGCAGUGUGACACAGACCUGAAGGGAUACAUGGAGAAGUAUAACAUCCAGCCGCCUCCGGUCUCCCGAAAGAGGGAUAGAGACAAUUCGCUCGACCAGCGGGACGCCAUCAUAACCGCUAGCGAGCGUGCUUACGGAAGCAGACGAAGACGCAUCGACAAGUGGGGUAAAUACAUCCGCGGUGGUGAUUGUUGA